AUGUUCCCUCUGUGUUUCUCAUGCGCAAAGAGCUUCAAUCAGGGGGAAUGUUGUCACAAUACGGAGGAGAGGGCCAUUGUGGGAACGUGGGUUGUUGACGAACUUGUUAAAGCUUUAGAAAAGGGGUAUCAAGUUCUACAAAUCUACGAAGUUUGGGAUUAUAAAACCGAACAAUAUGAUGGGAAAUCAGCGGGAUUAUUUACAGAAAUGAUGAAUAAAUUUAUCAAAAUUAAACAGGAAGCGAGUGGAUGGCCAUCAAACUGUAAAACUUUCGAACAGAAAAUUGCUUAUAUUGCUCAAUUUUUUGAAAAAGAAGGAAUUCAUUUGGAUUUUGAUAGUAUUGUAACUAACCCAGGUCUGCGCUCAUUGGCAAAACUUAUUUUAAAUUCAUUUUUUGGUAAAUUUGGGCAACGGGAAAAUCAAGCGAAGACAAAAAUUGUUAAGCAGUCGACCGAACUGUAUUCGCUAUUAUUUGAUCCAGCAAUUGAAGUUGUUGGUAUUUUACCAAUAAACGAUGAAACAUUGGUAGUGAAUUAUAAAUACAAAGAGGAAUCGUAUACUCCUUUAACUACCGUUAACGUUUCAAUUGCAGCGUACGUCACAGCACAAGCCCGUUUAAAAUUGUACUCAUACUUGGAUCAAUUAGGGGAAAGGGUAUUGUAUUUUGAUACCGAUAGUGUUAUUUAUAUUUCACGAGAAGGCGAAUAUGAGCCCGAAACAGGCGACAGCCUUGGUGACAUGACCAACGAACUGGAGUGUUACGGACCAGGAAGCUACAUCACCGAGUUUGCGUCGGGUGGUCCAAAAAAUUAUGGGUUUGUGGUCUACUCUCCUACCCAAGACAAAUGUUUUCAAUCGUGUAAGGUAAAAGGUAUAUCAAUUAACCAUGAAGUAUCAAAACUCGUAAACUUCGACACCAUGAAAAACAUGAUAAUUAACGAAGAGCCACCUCAGAAGAUAUUGUAUAAGAAUUUUGAAAGAACCGCAGAACAUCUGGUUUUAACCGUCCAAAGAGAGAAAAUAUUCCGACCGAAUCUAUUGAAAAGGCGUUUCAUCAGUUACGAGUCGUAUCCCUAUGGAUAUAAAAAAUUUAAAACGGAAGAAGGUGAAGACAAUGACAAUCGCGAAUCAUCAUUCGCCGAAGCAACUAUGUGUCUCCAAGAACAAUGA